UUUAUAAAUUGCACGCUCAAUUUUAAAAUUAUUAACAAACAAAAAAGAACAAAAUAACAAUAACAACAAAUCUCUACAACUAUAUAAAUAAUUAUUAAUUGGAUAAAAACAAUAAAAAUAAUUAACUCAGCCAACCAACACAUCAACAACCAACCAACCUUAAUUUUUGGAUUUAAAUGCUGAUGCAUUAUACAAAAACUUAAAUUUUAACAAAUUUUUAAGUAUUUUUGUAAAAAAAACGAAAACAACAUCAUCUAACGGAACAAUAAUUUAUAAAUAAAAAAAACCUUUGUUUAUAUAUUGUUCCCUACAAACAAACAGUUUCUUAAUGGAAUUACUAUCAAAUCAAGCAAUAAAAAUCAAUCAAACUGUUGUCUAAAUUAUUAAUUACACACAAUAUAACAAUAACAAAUGAACAGUUGAACAACAAUAACAACAACAUAAAAUCAAUGCAAAUUUAACAAUAAAUCAAUUAAACUACAAGCAAAUUGUGAUAUUAAAUAUUAAUAAAAUUUAAAAAUAAUAAAAAAAAAACAAUUACAUUAAGUAGUUAUAAAUAGUUUAAUACACGAAGAAACAAAAAAAAAAGAAAUAAAACUUCUAAGGCAAUUUUAAUAAAACCCUAGAUUCUAAAGGGUCCCCACCAUAUGUUUUUAUACGGAUGAUUGCAAAAUUUUGUGUUUUAAGUUUAAUUUUAAAUUGUAACGGUUGCUUAAAACAAUUCUCUCACGUUUUUAUUAAACAAUACAAAAGGUAACCAGUAAAAAAAAACCCUUAAAAUUACACACAUUCUAACAAAACCAGGAAAUACUUACACACAUACAUACAGCCAUACCUACACUUAUACACACAACAACAAUAGUUUAAAGAAGAUCGAGAGCAAAACAAAUAGUUGAAACAGUUCAACCAACCAACAACCCAACAGAUCAAAAGCAACAUUUAUUAUUUAGUUUAAAAUGGGAAACACAUCGUCACACACGCAUGAACCUUUAGAAAGAGGCUUCACACGAGGAAAAUUUGGUGAUGUUAAAAAUGGGAAAUCGGCUUCAUUCCGUUUUAGUAAAAAGUCUCCCAAGAAAAUGGAUCGUUUGCGACGAUCCUUUCGUGAUUCGUUUAGACGCCGAAAGGAUCGUGUUCCCGAGUCAUCGAAACCUCAUCAAUGGCAGGCGGAUGAAGAGGCUGUGCGCACGGCCACCUGUUCAUUUUCGGUUAAAUAUUUAGGUUGUGUUGAGGUUUUCGAAUCGCGUGGUAUGCAGGUUUGCGAGGAGGCCCUCAAAGUUUUGCGGAACUCUCGUCGUCGUCCGGUAAGAGGUCUUUUACAUGUUAGUGGUGAUGGUUUGCGCGUGGUAGAUGACGAAACCAAGGGCCUAAUAGUGGAUCAGACCAUCGAAAAGGUCAGUUUCUGUGCACCAGAUCGUAAUCAUGAACGUGGCUUUAGUUAUAUCUGUCGUGAUGGCACCACUCGACGUUGGAUGUGUCAUGGUUUUUUGGCUUGCAAGGAUUCCGGAGAACGUUUGUCACAUGCGGUAGGUUGUGCCUUUGCGGUGUGCUUGGAGCGUAAGCAAAGACGUGAUAAGGAAUGUGGUGUGACUAUGACUUUUGAUACCAAGAAUAAUACAUUCACACGUACCGGCUCCUUCCGUCAGCAGACAAUGACCGAACGUUUUGCCAACAACGAAAGGGGCAUUGAUACGCCCUCGGCUGCCAUAACACCACAGCCGAAACCUUUUAAUCCCUUUGCCAUUGAACGGCCUCAUGCUACACCUUCCAUGCUAGAGCGUCAAGGCUCUUUCCGGGCCUUUAGCACAAUUGGUAGUCAGUCACCUUUUAAGCGUCAGAUGUCAUUGCGCAUUAAUGAUCUUCCGUCCAAUGCAGAGCGUCAAAAGGCCUUUAUGGCGGCAGCCACGGGCAAUGCUUUGGCUUUAAAUACACCCAAUCGUAGUGUGUCACCCAUACCAGAGGUGUCACCGGCUAGAGCCGGUUUAGAGUUGGAAAAUGGCGGUAUAGCCACAGCCGAAACGGUAAGCCAGCUGUGUCAAGAGCUUAGCCAGGGUUUGACUUUGCUUUCGCAAACCGACGCAAUGUUGGCAGCAUCGCCCAAUGGUGCUACCGAUGAUCUCAAUUUCAAUAAUAAUUUGAGCAUUAAUCAGAAUAUUAUAGCUGCAGAAAAACACUAUCAAAAAGUAAUCUCCUCACCCACCAGCAUCUCCAGUUAUGGUGUGGUCACACCCACGGCUCAAGUCACGCCACGUAUUGCCACUGUAUCGCCGGCUAUACUCAAUACACCUCCUCAGACGCCUAGUAAUACACCCACACUACCCACGAGUAGCGAAAAGUUAACACUCAAGGAAGCCGCACUGCCGAAAGCCGAUCAAUGGUUGGGUCAGGUUGUGAAGAGUACCUCACCGGCGGCCCUCAAACGAGCUCCUCAACUGGUCAACGCUGGACGCACACAAUCGAUGAGCUCAGUGCCCGGUACAAAUGAUCCCUUCGAUGCCGAAUGGGUAGCGGGUGUCACUAAGCCCUUGUCACCUGAAUUGCCGGCAAUAACGGGAGGUAUUGCUACACCCACCACGCCAGCCAAUACCACAACGCCGCUGCACAGUACUAAUCCCUUUAUAUCGCCACCUAAAGCUCCAGCGCAAUCAUUCCAAGUGCAACUCUAAGAUGAAGAGAGCUAGAGAGAGAGAGCAUAUUAAAUAAUUAAGUAGACUAGUAAAAAGGGAACUAAAAUGCAUGCUGCAAAAAAGAAAAGAAAGGGGGAAAGUGAAGUGUUGGACACGGCCACUUUAAAAACUCAAGAAAAUUUUUGUUAGGCGUUGAAAAUAUUAAAUUAAAAAAAACUAAUUAACAACAAUUACCAAGUGGAAAGCCGCUUAAAAAAAAUAAAACAAACUAACUAACAACAUACAAAUAAAUGGCUGGCAAUCUUGUUACUUAAUUAAUCGCUAAAUUGAUGUUACUUACAUAUACAUUUACAUAUAAACAAAAACCUAAAACUGAUUUAAGUUGUUCUUUAUAUAAUUUAAAAACAAAACUAUGUUAGACUUUAACUAGAAAAGAGAUUUGUAAAAACAACUACAACAAGAAGGAAUUAUUUUUAGACCGACAAUUUCUAUAAGAAAUUUGUCAGAGACCAGAUCGACCCCACUUUAUAUUAAAAAAAAACAACAAGUUUUAAUUAACAUAAACAUAUUAUACAUUUAAUAAUUAUAGUUUAAA